AUGUUAAGAAUAUCAUACGAUCAGCGUACGAUUAACGUACAAGAAAAAGACUGUUCAAAUCAUGUUUUAUCCGCAAAAAUUCGAGCAUUGAAAGAGCCAAAUCCAUUUUAUCAAGAGCAUUUGUUUUUGAAGCCUUUUUCUUUCAAUCAUUUACUUGCAUCUUUUAGAUUUAAUACUUCUUCUAGCUGUGAAAAGAUUUCUUUAUUUGAUGGUGCGGAAUCUGCAGUUUCUGAUGCUUCUUUGUUGGAUUUUAAGCUUCCACGUUCACUUAGAUAUAUUAUGGAAGAAUCACAUACAUAUGAGUUUCAACUUCGGAUGACACGUGGAAAAUGGAACUAUUAUAACUGGGGAAUGUCUCCUGAUGAUGGUGAUGUGACAGGUGGUAAUGGGAUUGAGCUUUGGGCGUAUAUUGAGGGUGAUACGAUGAAAGAAGUUGAAGAGAGGUGGCUUAUUCUUACAAAUGCUCUUUCAGGGCUUUUUUGUGCUUCUAUUAAUCUUAUGGAUACUACAAAAACUAUUAUACCUAUUUUAAGUUUUGUUAAAAAUAAGAACUAUAUAAAGAUGAAUUGGCCAAAUACAGAAGGAUACUUUCUGUAUGGAACUUUGCCUCAAGAAACAGUGUGUACUGAAAACUUGACUCCUUUUUUAAAACUAUUGCCUUGCAAAGGCCGUGCUGGGAUUUCUACAUUGUUGGAUAGUUAUCGACUUUUUGAUGCACAAUGGUAUUCUAUGUUUUUGGAUGUUACUCAUGUUUGCAAUGAAAAUAGUAAUAAAAUAUCAAGACUUAUUCAAGGUAUUGACAUGGUUUUGGAUAUUGAUCGUGCAAGUCGUAGAGAUGAUUCCCCUAUUCCUACACCAAUACCACUUGAGGAUUUGAUAUGCGACAAAAAAAGGCCUUAUAUAAAAGAUGAUGCAUGUUUUCCUUUAGAUGAUCUUUCAGAUAUAGAAUGGUCUAUAUCGAAAGUGUUUGGACGGCCAAUUUUGGGGUCAUGUUAUUUAGAUUUUUUGCCUGUAGAAUCUAUUACGGUUUCUCAUUCUGAUGAAAGGAUGAUAUCUCCUAAACCUGAUACUGUUUUAGUUGAAAAAAAUGCGAUUCUUUCAAAAUACAUUAUAACAUCAUCUGACUUUGAUAUAAAAAUGAAAUCACAUGUAUCUAAUACUUUUAUACAAGCUGCAGAUGUACCUCUUUUUAUAGAACGUACUGUAACACGAAAAAAUCAAAUAAGCGUUAUUAUUUCGAAUCCUCAAUCAACAGAUUUUCAAGUUGUAUAUUUGGAAACACUUCCUUGGUUUAUGAAGCCGUUUAUUCAUACUUUAAGUGCAUACCUUCUAUUUCCUAAUGCAAAACGUUCUUUAGAUUUUGAAAAAAUAUAUUUUCGACCAUCCAUAGAUAGAAAGCGUGGUUCAUAUUUUGAAGCACAUAUACGUAUCCCUAGAAAUUCUUCCGUUGAAAUAGUAUGGGAAUUUGAAAAGAUGCUUUUAAGAUAUGCAGAAUAUCCUCCUGAUCCAAAUAGAGGUUUUAAUAUUGCGCCCUCUAUUUUUACAGUUUUUCCUGCUGAAUCAACUGAUUAUAUUGAACAUAUUGCAGUGAUUCGAACAACUAGUCUUUUAUUAACAUUUCCUACUCCUGAUUUUAGCAUGCCUUAUAAUGUAAUUGUUUUAACAAGUACUGUGAUUGCAAUGUUAUUUGGUGGUGUCUUCAAUUUAUUAAUUAGAAAAUUUGUUUCUCUUGAAGAAGCAGAAAAGACUGGACAUAAAUUAUUAAGAUUACGUGUUUUAACAUUUAAGAUUAAAAAUAUAUUUAGAAAGUGA